AGAAACAGAAAAGACUCUGUGUGUUUUCCGUGAAAAGAGGAAACGGCUCCGCGUUGGAGGCGGGAGCAGCUCUUCCCCGGCGCUGUCCCACGAGAAGCGGCACAUCCCUGUGGUUUUGGGAUCAGCUGCCUCGGGGUGGGGGCCGGCUGGGAAGAACUGAAGCGACCCCCCCUCCCUCCUCUUUCAGUCUCAGGGUCUGCUGUCUGCCCCUCCCCCCAUGCUGGCACAGAACUUGCACCCAUGGCCAAUGGGAGGAUGAAAGGCUACCUGGACCAGCAAGUGCCUUAUACUUCUGCACAGAAAUUGCCAGGAAAUGGAACCCUGGACGGCCGGCUGGUGAUGGCCGCACGGAGGAAAGCCAUGGACCCAGGCGUGCCCCAAGUCCCAGAUUCAGAAGAUCUUUUCCAGGACCUAAACCAGUUUCAAGAAGUCUGGCUAACGGAAGCUCAGGUUCCAGACAGUGAUGAGCAAUUUGUGCCCGACUGCCAUUCAGAAAACUACCUCGUCUUUCCUCACGAUGUGACCUUUGCACUGUACUAA